UUUUGCCACUCAGUUCACGUGUGACUAGCAAAAGUUAAAGUACGUUCACUGUCGAGUCGGUCGGCGAGACAACAUUAAAGCGAGCGAUAUAUAUACUAUAUAUCGGAAUUGGCCUGUUAUUAGCACUUUUACAAAUUGCAGCUGACAUCCCAGCGAGAAUUCUAAACUGCAUUAUGGCGAAUCGGGAACUGCAACUGGAUUCGGGCAUGCGGUGCGCCAAGUACAUGCUCAUCAUCGUGAGCUUUAUGUUUGCGCUCACCGCCAUCCUUUUGAUAAUGGUGGGAACUACGAUCCAGGCGGUCUUCGGUGACUUCAGCCUGUUCCUCGAUGGACACUUCUCAUCACCUCCGGCUCUCCUAAUCGCCAUUGGAUUCAUCCUGAUCGCAGUGGCCACUUUGGGAGCUUACGGAGCCGUCAAGGAGAGUGUGAUGGUCAUUAACCUGUACGGAGUCUGCCUGUUCCUGGUGUUCAUCCUCGAGGUCUCUGCUGCCAUCGCCGCCUUCGUGAUGCAAUCGCAGGUGAGGGAGAUGCUGACUCGUACAAUGCGCAAUGCCUUGGCCGAGUACGAAUCUGAUCCCUAUGUGACUGCUGGAGUGGAUUUCAUGCAAUCUGGGCUUCAGUGCUGCGGCGUCAAUGAGCCGGAGGACUGGAAAGAAUACUACAGUCCCAACAAGAACCUCACACUUGGAUCCGAUGACGUGGUGGUGCCCAUCUCCUGCUGCGGCGAUUCGGGCCGGGACUUCUAUGAUGCCACCCAGGUGACCUGCACGGAGACCUUUGAACUCGGUUGCUUCCGCAAGAUGAACUUCAUUGUUUCGCAGAGCGCCAUGUUAAUUGCCACAGGGGCAACAACGGUGGCCUUUGUCCAGCUGCUUGGAGUCCUCUGUGCCUUUAUGUUGGCCAAGACACUCCGCCGGAACAAGUCCAUUCGAGAGGCCCGCCGCUGGCAGCUGCAGCAAAGCCUCGGCGUCCUCAUCUCCGGUGGAAAGAUGGGUUUGCCCCAGAACUCGGCGGUUGCUGGCUACCAGCAGCUGGGCAACGGCGAACAGGGAUCUAACGAACCCUACACCUACACGCCCCAGAGUCCCAGCGUUAACUAGACUUUGGCACAGAUCGAAGCUCUAUAUUUAUACCAUAUAGAAUACCCAAAGAGAUCCACUUGUAAAUGUACAUUUUUAAUUUGUUAACAACCAAACUUAGUAAAACGAAAUAAACGCGGUGGUCCUUGGACUAUGCGCUGAAAA